AAAAAAAAAAAAAACAAUGCAAAAAAGAGUAAAGGGCCAUAGACAAAGAGGUGGUAAGUAAAAAAAUGUCAAGAAUUCAUAAUUAUCAAGGGGGGCUUAUCAAAUUAGACGCCUAACACAGACAAUAUCUGAGAUCAUUACCAGAAAUCCAAACAAGAAAGGCUUUUUAAUCAUCAUAGGAAGCAUGUGGUGAAGCUGUACACCCAGGGUCAAAGGGAUCUUCAGAACCACAGCAAUGCCAGUAUUGGAAGACUUUCCCAGAAUCUGGUGUAUCCAGAGUUCCUCCACUGUACACACUCUCAAAUUUCCUCUUUGUUUCCCCUGCAAAAAAAUGUGUCCAUGAAAGAAGAUAACCAUUAUUACGAUAUGAAUCAACAACAACCAAACAAAAAAUAUUAACUUUGACCAUUUACAUAUGAGAAGUUUGAGUUGAUAUAAACUAUGGAAAUCGAAAAGGGUACCUCCAAAAUGAGCAGUAUGGUAUCGACAAGCUCGGGGAUGGUUGAGCAAAGGAUCGAACUGGGUCUUGCAAUUUUUGCAGGUUCUGAGUUCAAGUUUGGGUUGGUUUUGAGAGCAGUGAAUUGAGAAUCUUCUGGGCAGUGAUUUCUCUGAAUUGAAGCAUAUGCUUUUCCUAAUCACCGAAGGAUCGAUUCGCACAAAAUUUAUCGGUGAAAUCAUAUAGGCUUUUCCUCCGAUUUGGGUUGCCAUAUUUGAGCUAUCACAGAGAGGAUUGAUUGGUGUCGAUUAAAAGAUGUUCCAUUCAUAGGCAGUUGUUUUCGCAACACGACGUAGUUUCAUCGUUUUAUUAAGACUAAAUGACCAAUAUGUCCUUUUCCCCCUCCUCUUCCGCCCUUCUUCAAUUAGGUUCCGCGGCGGUGCCUUCCUAAAACUGCAAUCUGAUACGCUACAAAAAUGUCCAAAUUUAUUCAAUCUGAUGAUCAUCAUAAUUCAUAAGUUUUGGUUCCAACCAAAAAUUAAAUAGUCAUGGCCAACAUCAAUAAAAACGAACCAAACACAGGACCACAGCCUGAUCGAUGGUAUGAUUUAAGCCUGGGCUCUUCCUUCAGUGAUCCUUCCUCCAAGUUCUGCACUUUACGAUAUGAAUUCAAGCCGGCAUCAAUUGAUAAGAAUCAAGCGGGAACACUGCAGAAGACCAAGGAUAAUAAGAUUACUGUUGAAUUCCGCAACAACCAGCCUGGGAAACCCAACGUCACGUUCGAGGGGAGUAGUGAGGAUUACAAGGAAAACGAUGCCGUUUUAUUCUUUGAUGGUGUGUCUUUCCGACUUGAGCGUCUCCACCGAGCGGUGAAGCGGCUGAGGCAUGUGCGUCUUCCUGGAGAGUCCGCUUCCUCCGCUGCCGCGGCGUUAGCUGGUCCCUCGGCUGGACCAGCUGCUGAUGCCGGUGGCUCGUCGCCGGUUGGCAAGGCGGCUAAGUUGCCUUUCAAUAAAAGCACAAUUCCUGCUGUUCCUGUUGAAGUGGAAAGGAUUGAUAUUGGAGACUUCAAAAGCUCUGAAGCAAAACCCCAGAAUGAGAAGGUUGUCGACUAUCCAUCUGUGCAAGAUAAUGCGGCAAAUGCGUCUCCCGACAAGAUGGAUGAUUUGGAUGAACAAUUGGAUAUACUGAACGAUGAUGAUGAUGUUGAUGUUGACAUUGCUAAUGGAGGAAGUAUUGAUGUGAAAGAGUAUCAUACUGGCAUUGAUAUUAAUAUACCUCACCAUAAUGAUACAGAUGACGAAAUAGCUGAUGUUGAUGCCAGUGAUGAUGAAGCUGACAAGGGACCCAAUGCUGCAGAAGCCCUGCGAGCCCAAGUAGAUGCAGAGGAAAAGGAAGAGCAAAGUUCAAGCUCCAGUGGUAGCAGUGGGAGCGAGAGCAGUGGAAGUGGAAGUGGAAGUGGCAGCGGGAGUGGGAGUGGGAGUAGCAGCAGUGACAGUGAAAACAGUGAUGAUGACUCUGUUAACUCUAUUUGAAAAUACCAAGGGCUUUGGAUGCGGAUUGUUCACGACUUUUAUUAGACCAAGAAACGCCACCAUUACCUCCAUCUAAGAAGGAAAACUCCGAAGAGGAGUUGUAGACAGUGGAUAAUUAUACAGUUAUGCCAUGGGGAGAUACUGAAAGGCUUAUUUGUUAUAGGAACUUUAAGGUGCCACAAUUGGUCCUCCUCCCCACCCCUACUUCUGCAAUUUGUUCUAUUCAAACUUUUCAACAAUGUAAACUAAAUUAAGUUUGUAUUGACAUAGUUCAUCAACGUUUUGAUAGAUGGCAUUGUACCGGAAUCAAGCUCUACAAAUUCUUUUCGAUGAGAUAUAUAGUUGUUUGCU